UAUUAAUCAAAACAACCACGAAACGAAACCAUGAUUAAUUACGUUUUAUGUAAUUUUGAUACUACUCUUGCGAGGCUACAUUACUUGUCUUUAGAGUGAUAAGACUGAUAAGAAUUUUAACUUUAUGUUAGUCUAAUGUUUGUUUCAUAUAGACAUUCCCGCUCUGUGAGUUUGUCAGACGGAGGGCUACUUGUGUGGAUUGGCACUCGCCACUGUACUCACAUACGAACAACGUAGCGGUUGCCGUGAUGGAAAUGAUGCACGCGUGUCGCUGCUGUCUGCGGUGUCCCCCGGACAAGGACCUGACGACGCCGUACGCACAUCUCGGCAGAACAGAGAUUUACGCCGAUAUGAUUAAAGAGUGCUUUGACAUAAAUCUGGUAGUGGGCGGCUCGGGGUCAUGCGGCAUCUGCUCGGCGUGCGUGGGCCGCCUGCGAGACGCGAGCGACUUCAAGCUGCAAGUGCAGCGCAGCCAGGCGGAGCUGCAGGCUGCGAGUGGUGUUAAAGGUUUGAGUACAGAAGGUCAUCAAGAAUCUGCUGUGCCUAUGCUGAUGGUUGCACCAUACACCCUCCUGCCAAGGGUUGACUGCCCAAUAGUCCACAUGGAUAGUAAAUAGAAUACAUAAA